CCCGAGGCCGUCGGCGACAAGCCACAGUGCUACACACCACACCGCUGGACCCAGGCCACACACAAUACACGCACACCAACCCUGGCAGGGAAAACGCAACGCGCCAACGCCCGUCCGGUAGCGGCUGCCAGAUGCGCCCCAGCUAUCUGCCGCAUUCGUUAGCCGGUCCCCAUCCCGCACCACCCCCAAAAGAAAAGCGAAGCUCACUCCCCUCGCCUCCUCUGCACUCCACACCGACACGCGACCGGCACGGCCUUUAACUACACCUUCCUACCACACACCACGGGCUACUAGCUCACCCCACACCCCCAGCGCAGCAGCCCUGCCUAGCCGCGCGAGCUAGAGGCCGACCAGACCGACCGACGGUCGCUCGCUCGCUCGCAAAUCCGCAAUGGCGUCCAUCAUCGUGCAGGCGGUGGUGAUCCUCCUGGACGUGAUCGCCUUCGGCCUGGGCGUCGCCGCCGAGCAGCGCCGGAGCCGGGCCACCGUCACCCCGGACGCCGCCAAGGAGUACGACUACUGCGUCUACGACUCCGACAUCGCCACGGGGUACGGCGUCGGCGCGCUGCUCCUCCUCGCCGCCGCGCAGGUGGUGCUCAUGGUCGCCAGCCGCUGCUUCUGCUGCGGCCGCGGGCUCAAGCCGGGGGGCUCCCGCGCCUGCGCCCUCAUCCUCUUCCUCUUCACAUGGGUGGCAUUCCUCAUCGCGGAGGCGUGCCUGCUGGCAGGAUCAGUGCGCAACGCGUACCACACCCGGUACAGGGGCAUAUUCUACGGCGACUCGCUCUCAUGUGAGACGGUGCGGAAGGGCGUGUUCGCGGCUGGUGCGGCCUUCACCUUCUUCACGGCCAUCCUGGGCGAGGUGUACUACCUCAGCUACUCCAAGUCCCGGGACGCCGCCGGUGGUGCCCCCUACGGCGGCUCCAGCAUUGGCAUGGGCCCUUACAACUAACUAAAGGCCGGCCCCGGUCGCUUCAUGCUGGAGGAAUGCAGCAGUGUUCUUUUUGACGUUACCUUAGUAGGGACACGGUGUAAUUGGUUAUUGGAUCCGCUGCUUUUUGUUUAGGUUCUUGUAUGAAGUUACUACUUGGUUGGGCUGUAUACUGUUUGGAUUGUUGGGUUGGACCCUGGACAUGGAUAUACACGUAUCGUAGUAUGCUAUGUUUUCGCUCGCUU